AUGGCCCCCCGCAAUGAGUUCGACGCGGAGCAGAUCCGAAACAAAGCCCGCAAAGAUCUCCUCUACUUGCUAGAAGGUGUCCGUGGAAAGAAGAAUCUCGUUUUUGACAAAAGCCUAGUCGGCCCUGUGGGAACCAUUGUAAAAGUCAACACAUUGCAAGAAUAUGGAGUGGACAAGUUCUUCAUACUGGAGAAUGACAACGUGGACACGAGUCAACAUAACGUGGUCUUCAUAGCUCGAGGAGAGUGCGGUUCUCAUGCCGAUGCCAUAGCUAACCAGCUCAAACGAGUGCGACGUCAAAGUCAGACAACCCAUGAGUUUCACAUCUUCUGGGUCCCUCGGCGCACACUGGUGUCGGACCAGUUGCUAGAAGAAGCGGGCGUUUUGGGCGAUGUCAACAUAUCUGAGCUACCACUAUCGUUCUUCCCUUUGGAGAAGGAUGUACUCUCUCUAGAGCUGGAUGACUCCUUCAAAGACCUGUAUCUGUCAAAAGAUGUCACGCCAACAUUUCUUCUGGCUAGGGCAUUGAUGGAAAUCCAGCAACAUCAUGGCUUGUUUCCUCGCAUCAUUGGUAAAGGCGAUCUCUCCAAAAAAGUGUGUGAUUUAUUGGUUCGCAUGCGACAAGAACAUCUGGCAGGUGAGGACACCAGCGGCUCGAAUAGGUCUGGCUUGACGCCGAGCACAACGAGUGAAAGUGUCAUCAUCAUCGAUCGCGAGGUAGACUUGGUCACUCCCCUCCUCACACAGCUGACCUACGAAGGUCUUAUCGACGAGGUAUUCGAAAUACAGCACAAGCAAACAAAAGUUGACACAACCGUCGUGGGCGCUCCCGUUCGAUCAGGUGCGGCCGCUACCACCCAAGGUCGAAAAGAAACCGUCUUAUUGGACUCGAGCGAUAAACUGUACGACCAAUUACGAAACGCCAACUUUGCUAUUGUAGGCGGAAUGCUGAACAAGGUUGCUCGACGGUUGCAACAGGUACAGACCGAUUACGAAAGUAAGCAUACGACAAAGACGCUGGCUGAGCUGAAGGAGUUCGUUGGCCAGCUGCCUGGAUACCAACAAGAGCAUCGAAGUGCUCGGAUACACACUGGCAUAGCCGAGGAAAUCAUCAAACAUACCAGGACCGAUCAGUUCAAAGGUCUUCUCGAGGUGCAACAGAAUCUCGCGGCAGGAGCGGAUCCUUCCUCUCAGUUCGACGGCAUAGAGGAGUUGAUUGCCCGAGACGCACCAUUGCGAGAAACUCUGAGGGUCCUUUGCAUAUACUCGUGUAUCUCGGGAGGCGUCAAGCCAAAAGAGUUUGAUCAAUUCCGCAAGCUCAUCUUGCAUGGCUAUGGCUACCAGCAUCUGUUAACCCUGCACAAUCUGGAAAAGCUGCAGCUAUUCUUGUCCCGAUCAUCCCCCCUCGCUGGCAUGAUUCCUAUGGCAAGCGGCAAUGCAAAUACCAGCGGGACGAAGACCAACUACACGUACUUGCGCAAGCAGCUCAGGCUUAUUGUUGACGAGGUUCAAGAGGAUAGCCCCAACGACAUUUCUUACGUAUAUAGCGGAUAUGCACCACUUUCCAUUCGCUUGGUGCAAUGCAUCCUACAGAAGCAAUAUCUGACGUCUUUCGCAAAAGGAGGCAGCGCUACGAGUGCCGGCAUGGCUCCCGUUGGGGCAGCCACCCAGGGCUGGCACGGGUUCGAUGAAGCCGUCAAGCACGUACGAGGUCAGACAUUUUACGAGCUGCAAAAGGGUGAGGAUAAGGCGGUCAAGGCACGAGCUCUUCUUUCCGGGGGCGGCGCUAAGCAAACUGUUUUUGUGGUGUUUGUGGGCGGUAUUACAUUCUCCGAGAUUGCUGCUCUCCGAUUCAUCGCCAAGAAGGAAGAAGGACGUCGAAAUAUAAUCAUCUGUACCACAAGCAUUAUAAGUGGCAACAGGAUGAUGGAUGCCGCGAUUGAGGCUGGAUCCUAUGCAAGGGAACCCGAGGAAAGCGAGCAACGUAAUAGCUAA